CAAUCGGACAGACAGCCGGCCAGAUAUUCGCUAAUACAUACAGACAGACAAUCAGAAAUAUGGACAGACAAACAGCCAGACAGACAGACAGAUAGACAGUCAAAGAGACAUUUAGAUAGACAACUGAAAGUCAGACAGGCACUCAAACUAGCAAUCGGACAGACAGCCGGCCAGAUAUUCGCUAAUACAGACAGACAGACAAUCAGAAAUAUGGACAGACAAACAGUCAGACAGACUGACAGACAGAUAGACACUCAAGCUAUCGGUCUGAUAGAGAGCCAGACAGUCACUCAAUAA